AUGGUGCUUCAUAAUCCUAACAAUUGGCAUUGGGUGAACAAGGAUGUGUCGGCAUGGGCAAAGGAGUAUCUUGGGACAACGCUUCCGAAGAUCACUGCUGAGCAAGAUGGAGUGACAGCCAAGAUAUCAAAGAUUAAUAGCAUGGAUGGUGAUGUUGAUGUUAGCCAGAGGAAGGGAAAAGUUAUCACACUCUUCGAUGUUAAAUUGCAGUUAGAAUUUGAGGGUACAACACAAGAAGAAGAUGUUACUGGGUCUAUUACAAUCCCAGAAGUGGCACAUGACACUGAGGAAGAUGAGUAUGUUUUUGAUAUCAGCCUUUAUUCCGACUCUUCUUCCAAGCAGGUCGUGAAAGAUCUGGUUCGCUCGAAGAUCGUUCCGCAACUACGCUCCGAGCUUGCGAAAUUGGCGCCCGCCCUCAUCGCAGAGCAUGGCAAGGAUAUCCAACAUGCCCCCGGAUCCAACCCCUCCAGUGGUUUUGCUACCCCAAACUAUCUGUCCAACCAAGCACAGGCUGCCUCACGGGCCACCACACAGACCACGACACCUGCCACCAGUAAACGAUCUGUGAACACGACUACUGUCCACGCGACGGAUGAGUUCCGCACUACCGCCGAAGAGAUGUACACAACCUUCACAGACCCUCAACGUGUAGCCAUAUUCACUCGUGCGCCUCCCCGGCGCUUCGACGGCGCCGAAGUCGGCGGCCAGUUCUCGAUUUUCGACGGCAAUGUCAGCGGCGAGUUUGUGAAGCUGGAAAAGCCCACCCUGAUCGUCCAGAAGUGGCGCCUCGCGCAGUGGGCAGAGGGCCACUAUAGUACGCUGGAGAUUCAUUUUGACCAGAAUGACGUUGACUGUGUAACGGCUCUCCGCGUGAAAUGGGACGGCGUCCCGGUGGGACAGGAGGAUGUUGUCCAGCGUAACUGGGAUGUUUAUUAUGUCAGGAGCAUCAAACAGGCCUUUGGAUUUGGUACCAUUCUUUGA